CGCCCGCCAGCCGGCGGUGCCGGCUUGUUCCUCGGAGUGCGGGCGCCCGGUGGUCAUGGAGGAAGGCUCGGCGGACGAGUUUGACGAAGAGGAGCAGCUGGUGAGGAAGCAGCGCCGAGAGAAGAAGGAGUUGCAAGCCAAAAUUCAAGGCAUGAAGAAUGCCGUUCCCAAGAAUGACAAAAAGAGGAGGAAGCAGCUCACCGAAGAUGUUGCUAAGCUGGAAGCGGAAAUGGAACAGAGACACAGAGAGGAACUGGAGCAGCUGAAGCUGACGGCCAAGGGGAGCCAAGGAGAUUUUGAUGCUGUUAACAUUUCAAACUUGGUUCUUGAGAAUCAGCCGCCUCGGAUAUCAAGAGCACAAAAGAGACGGGAUAAAAAAGCUGCAUUGGAAAAGGAGCAGAAAGAAAGAAUAGCUGAAGCUGAAAUUGAGAACUUAUAUGGAGCUAGACAUGUAGAAAGUGAAAAACUUGCUCAAAUAUUGGCAGCUAGACAGUUGGAAAUCAAACAGAUUCCCUCGGAUGGCCACUGUAUGUAUAGAGCCAUUGAAGAUCAACUGAAAGAGCGGGAAUGCCCUCUGACUGUAGCUGCCUUAAGAAGCCGAACUGCUAACUAUAUGCAAAGCCACAUGGAAGACUUUCUGCCAUUUUUAACAAACCCUAAUACAGGAGAUAUGUAUACUCCAGAAGAGUUUGGAAAGUACUGUGAUGAUAUUAUAAACACAGCUGCAUGGGGAGGCCAGCUGGAGCUAAGAGCCCUGUCUCAUAUUUUACAAACACCAAUGGAGAUAAUACAGGCAGAUUCUCCUCCUAUUGUAGUUGGUGAAGAAUAUCCAAACAAACCAUUAAUACUUGUAUAUAUGAGACACGCAUAUGGCUUAGGAGAACAUUACAAUUCUGUCACGUGGUUGGUGGACAGACCUACUGAAAAUUGCAGCUAGUUUACAAAGUGUUGCACAAUUAUGUUUUAGUACUGUGUGCCGAUAUGAGUAUUUAUACCAAAUGCUGGAUUGUUACUGAAAAACACAACUACUUUAAAUCAGUUUUAUGGCAUAGCUGCUAAUAGGUUUUUUUAAAAAUGUCAGAGAUAAACUUUAACCAGUAUCCCCUUUACUGGUAUUUUAAACACUUGUAAGUUCAUUGUGGAGAGCAUCAUUCAUAGUCCAAGAUGCAACCCUAUUUGCUUAUAUUUUUUAUUAAUAUAGGAUCCUGAACAUUCUGUUGAAAUAAAUCUUAAUGUUUUACUAAAAGCUUUCAGUAACCAUUUCAGUGUAAUUUUUCUGGAAGAUUGCAAUAAUGUGGGGAUGGUGAUAGCAAAUUUAAUUUAUCCUGAUAAAGAAACUGAGUGCAGUAAUCUUGGUAUUAGGGAAAUUAAUGCUGUGAAGCUUUUUAUAACCCCAUCAAAGUUCAGCCUAAAAGCUUGUUUUAAUGAUUAAGGAUUUUAAAAUGUUUUUUUUUUCAUGGGAAUCAGCUGUUAAAACUUUAAGAAAUGAGACAGAUUCAAAAUAUAUAUGUGUUCCCUAUCAGAUUUGAACCUGUAAAUAAUUACAGAUUAGCCUUUUAUUUUUGUGUAAUUUUAAAGGUCCCAACAUAGUAAUGUCUGAUUGUUACUACUUGCUGUCUGUACGCUUUGUGGUGUUUUCUCCUUCACUGCUCAGCUGCUUUGCUUUCCUUGCACUUUUUUCCACUAAGAAAUGAUUUGUGACCUCUCUUACCCAUUAACUUGUAACUUGUACAAGUUAAAGUAGUAGCAGUGUCAAAAGUGUCCAAGGCCAAAUAUACUUCAAAUCCUUCCUCUUUUCCAAUUUCUCUUUCAAAACCUUUCUCUUUUUGCUUCAUUCUCUAGGAUUAAAAGAAAGCCUUUUUUACUGUUAUUUUGUUAGCCUUUUAAUGUCACCUUUCCGUAAUCUGAAGUAUUUGAGAAUGUUUGUAUCACAUGUAUGGAUCAAGUUGAAAGCCACUCUUUAGGAGCCAGACUGUGUAUUAAAAAUCAGUAUAUAAUACCUUUUGGUGUGAAUGAUUUAUCUAGCUCAGAUUUCAAGUUACACAUAAACAGUAUUCCUUCUAAGAAAAUAGUACUCAUAUAUACAAAUGUGUCUGAUAAUUUGAUAAGAAAGUAUUAUGAAAAUUAGAAUUUUUUGAUUAGAUAUGUUUUUCCCCAAUUAGGAAAAGCUUCAUUUAUCAUGAAGUUUUUAAUAUUUGAAUUUUUGCUUUAUGGAUGCAACUAAUUUUUGCAGUUAAAUACCAGGUUUAUAUAUUAAAAGUGUGGUGUCAAUCUCAUUGAUGAUGUGGGAAGCUGGUCAACUAGAGCAAGUAAGUACUACAUGAAGGUAUUCCAUUUCAAGGGAUUAAUAACCAUUCUGCUGCCAAGCAAAAUGCAUUCUGAAGGCUGCCUGUUUUGAGAUCCGAGUUUUCUUGAGGCUCUGAAAUUUAUAAAAUAAUGAAAUUAUAAACUAAUUAUAUUGCUUUUAUUUGAAGUAAGGUGUUGCUUUAAAAUUAAAAGGUAACCAUUAAGAAGUAAUAAAAUAAGCCCUAACCGGUUUGGCUGAGUGGAUGGAGCCUUGGCCUGUGGACUGAACGGUCCCAGGUUUGAUUCCGGUCAAGGGCAUGUACCUUGGUUGUGGGCACAUCCCCAGUACAGGGUGUGCAAGAGGCAGCUGAUCGAUGUUUCUCUCUCAUCAAUGUUUCUGGCUCUCUAUCUCUCUCCCUCUCCCUUCCUCUCUGUAAAAAAUCAAUAAAAUAUAUAUUUUUUUAAAAAAGAAGUAAUAAAAUAAGGUAUCAUGAAACCUAGUAGUUAUUAUAAAUUCCAUCUACAUUUAAAGCAUUGGAAAAUGCCUUACUGGUAGUUGUUGUUUUUUUUUUUUUUCUAACAAGAUGAGUGGCAUUUUUUUAUUAUAAGUUUAUUUUUAAUUUGUAUAAUUUUUUAAAAUUUAUAUUUAUUAUUGAAAGUAUUACAGAUGUCCUUCCUUUCCCCCCAUUGUCCCCCUCCAACCCAUUCAUGCCCCCUCCCCAGGCCUUCCCCACACUUGUCUGUGUCCAUGGGCUAUGCAUAUGUGCAUAUAACUGCAUUGGUUAAUCUCUUCCCGCUACCACCCCUCUGACAUAUGUCAUCUUUAAAUGGUUGAUAUGGUUAUGAACAGCAUUUGUAUGGUUAGCUCUGUUUUUUUCAUAAAACUUUAGAUAAAAAUCAUUUUAGCUCAAACCUAAAAUUGAAGUCUUUAAAAAAUGGUAGAUGUUAAUUUAAAAGCAGAUAUACUAAUUUCGUUUGCUGUGUAAUGAUAAUCCAAUGGAAGUUUCAUAAGCUUUCUUUUGCUUUAACUCAAAAAAUAUGUCAGAAUUUUGGAAUGUGUUAAGUCAAGAAUUUUAUCCACUUAAAUAUGUUUACAACUUGUGUAAAGCAAGACAGAAUGUGUAUAACUAUAGUGAGCAGUAUACUUUUGUUCAUAUUAUCUGUUUGCCAAAAGAAGAAUAAAAGAUGAAUUCAAUAAACAUUUGUUUAAAUUGUUAUUCGUUAACACCUUUAUAUUAUAGAAAUAGAGAAAACUCAGUUUGUUUUAGAAUUAUAUCCAGCCUAUACUUGUAUAUUGUCCUCACAUAUAAUUGAAAAUAAUGCAAUAACAUAUUCUUGCAUUUAAAAGAUUUGGAAUAAAUAUAUUAUGCCCCAAACUGAAUGAGGGAAGUAGUGAAAUAAUAGCCAUUUAAGGCCUGGCUCUUGGAAAUCAGGUUGGAAUUUUGGAUAUUUUAAAAUAAUGAAGGUUUAUUUAGGCCUUAGGGCAAGUGACUUGGAAUAUUUUCAGACUGGUGGGUGUUGAAGAAAAGACAAAUGAAUAAUUAGUGUACAAGAAUGUGAAGCAGUAAGAAGGAAGUUUGUGCAAAUUAAUGCUGGCACAGAUUUGUUAAUAUAUUGUCUUGGUACAAGUUGUCAUGAACUAGGUAAAGGAGCAGAUCAGUUGUUUUUCCUGAGAAUUUAAUUAGCAAUUUUAUACUGCUUUUGCUUAUUGAACAAAUGAGAGUGUUUUUUCUUCCUGUCAAGUAUGUUUUAACAUAAUCGAUUCUUCUACUUUGUCUUGCUUAAAAUAGUCUCUCUGCAUCUUGUAGAAAUAAUAGAACUAAUGGGGUUUCUAAUUCUUUUUUCAAGGUAAGAUUUAGGAAGCAAAGUUCUUGUCCUUUAUCCCAUUGUUUUUCCCUCCUACUUGAAGGCCUUUGAGCCCAACCUGCUUCAUCUAGCUACUAUCCUCCUGUCUUCAGCUUAAAUAGCACCUACCUUGGCAAGCUACCCAGAAUCCUGCCACCCGGGUGGGUAGGUACCCACUUAAUGCGUUUUUCUAGUGACUACUCGAAAUUAGCUAUUGUAUUUAGUUUGUUAUUGUUGUUUAUUAUUGCUGUUAUCUUCUCCUAGUAUUUAAAUGCUUAGAAAUAACUUGUUCACUAUUAUAAUAUUCAGCACAUUGCCUGGCCUAUAUAUUAAGUGCUUAAUAAAUGUUUGUUGACAGUCUUAAGGAUCAGUUGAAAGUACAGUAUAUGACUGAGGAAUUGUCAUUAGGUUAAUGGACUUUUAGGAAAAGUGAGAGAUACUGACUGACAGUGCUUCUACAUAAAAGGGCUGCUUUCUAAUUUACCUUGCCUUUGAAUGAAAUUUUUUUUUUAUAUCCUUUCAUUGAUCUCAGAGAGGAAGGGAGAGGGAGAGAGAGAUCGAAACAUUAGUGAUGAGAGAGUCAUUGAUUGGCUGCCUCCUGCAUGCCCCCCACUGGGGAUUGAGCCCACAACCCCAGCAUGUGCCCUGGACUGGAAUCAAACCUGGGACCCUUCAGUCCUCAGGCUGACGCUCUAUCCACUGAGCCAAACCAGCUAGGGCUGGAUGAAUUCUUAAAACUUUUGUUCUUUUGUGGAAUGGAACUCAAGGGAGCUUCCUUUUUUCUUAACUUCUGAUAGUGUGUUAUGGUUAAUCUAUACCUUCAUGUGUUAGGACAAUUUGAUUUUAAUGAACCUGUUAAAUAUAAAGAUCCUUUAAAAUAAGUGUACAUACUAAAAAUAUAUUAAAAACAUUGUUAAUAUA